GGUGUCGGUGGGUGUGCAGUUUGAUCCUAUAUGACCGUACUUUUUCAGGUCGAUUUUGUGAACCUUAGGGCUCGUGGCAUGAGACCAUCACCUGUUCUGUGAAAUCCCUGGAGGAGAGGAAACAAGAGAGGCUGAGGAAGAUGGAAGAGAGACAUAUACUUGCAACUUUACGAGGCCAUGGAAGCCCUCCUUCACAUAUGCAGAGAUGGUUGCCGGACGAUUGGACCACACGACAAACUCCUCAUAGUAUCGCAGCCUGCCUGUGGAUUCCCUGCUUGUAAAGGACUUGAGACCUUAGUAUGCCAUUUUUCGAGUUGCAAGGUCCACGUUCCUGGAGGAUGUGUUCACUGCAAGCGCAUGUGGCAGCUUCUUGAACUGCACUCUCGGAUGUGUACUGAGCCUGAUGAUUGCAAGGUUCCUCUCUGUAGGCAAUUUAGGGUGAAGAUUCGGCACCAAAGCAAGAAAGAUGAUUUCAAGUGGAAAACGUUGGUCAACAAAGUGAUUGCAGCUAAGAAUGCAUUGGGACCAUUCUCCGCUCGGUGCUCUGGUUUAUUGUGAUACCUUUGUAUCUUAAGAAGCCAUGCUUGUCCACAAGUUUGAUUCAUCCCAAUUCAAAAAGCAUAAAAGUAUUGCUGGGAACUUAUAGUUUCUUUUUUAUACUAUAUGUCUUUACUGUGACCUGUACAUUAGUUAGCUGGAUAGUGUAAAUACAUUACUUAACAUUUGACUUUUAGCUUCUUCUUCUUUUUAA